AUGAAGUUCCGUUUCAUUUUAUUAUCCUUUGUCGCUACAGUAUACGCCGAGCCUUACGACCCUCAAUCCUAUGUGGACCGCCCAUGUGGUACCGAUCUCUCCAAUCUUUGGUUAGAUGUCAUAGCAGUUGUGGAUAACUCUCAAGGAAUGAACACCGACAGAUUGAAAGAUGUGGCUGCCAACAUUUUGAGCGUCUUCAGUUCCGGAACUCGUAUUGGUUCAGACCCUGUGGAGCCACGAACCACUCGUCUUGGAUUAGUUACUUACAACAACAUCGCCACUCUGAAUGCAGAUCUCAACCAAUACCAAUCUUAUAUUGACGCAUAUAACGGAAUUUUGGAUGCUCUUUCAACUGCUGUGGAGACUUCUGAAUCAUACGUAGCCACUGGACUCAUUUUGGCGGAGAAAAUGUUUAAGGAGCAGAGUGUCAACACUACUCGUGGCCACUAUAAAAGAGUAGUGAUCGUCUAUGCUUCGGAAUACAAGGGAGACGGAGAGUUGGACCCAUUACCUGUGGCGAAUCGAUUGAAAGGAUCUGAUGUCAAUAUAAUCACAGUUGCUUAUCAACAACCAGGAAGUGUGGGACUUCAAAAAGAUCUCACCCAGAUUGCAAGUCCUGGAUUCUCCUUUUCUGAUGAUGAUAGUGAACUCGGAAUUCUCAAUGGAAAAAUUCAAUCAGCACUGUUGCAAUCCAACUGUUUCUGCCCGAACGACUGGAUCCAAUACCGCGAAUCAUACUCUGAUCCCGCCUCCUCCCGCUACGGCGUGUGUAUUCAAGCCGUCACUAUUCCAGCUAACUGGCUUAGUGCAAAAUUGAGAUGCAGUAACCAAUGGAACAAUUCCAGUCUAGCGACGGAAUUCAGCCAAGACAAACAUGAUUUCAUUCUGGAAGCUGUAAAAGAUACCCCAGGAUUCGCACCGCCCUAUCGGUAUCAUAUCGGAUUGAAUUAUGUCUCUGGAUCCUGGGUAUGGACUCAACCAACGGGACGCCAACAGGUUCCACUUCAACAACCCCUCAUGUGGCUUUCCGGAUAUCCUCAGAUGGCGACUUCUCAGUCUGCGGUGAUGAACAUACAGAGUGGGCAUGGAACCGGAUGGCAGAACAUCGCUACAAUGAUGCUCAGUGCCAAUUCUAUUUGUGAAACCUAUUCGUGUGAUACCGAUAACUAUUGUAAUGCUUACAAUGCCGACACUUACUCCCCCUACUCGCCUCUAUCCUAUGUGGACCGCCCAUGUGGUACGGAUCUCUCGAAUCUUUGGUUAGACGUCGUAUUGGUUGUGGAUAACUCUCAUGGAAUGACAAAUGAGGGAUUGGCUAAUGUGUCAUCUAGUAUCCUGUCCAUAUUUGGUAACGGUACCCGUAUAGGUACAAACUUAACGGAGCACCGCACCACACGUGUCGGUCUUAUUACUUAUAACGCUGAAGCAACACAAAUCGCGGAUUUGAACGAGUUGCAAUCGUUUUUUAAUCUGACAAAUCAUGUGAACUCUAGCCUCGCGGAAGUUUCGAAUUCUACGUGGUCUUUCGAGAAAGUUGGUCUGAAAGCUGCGUACGACCUCCUGCAGAAUCAGAGCUUUCCUCCGAACUCAAGAAGUCACUAUCAAAAGGUGGUGAUUCUAUUUGCGUCGGAUUCUCAAGCUCAAAAUAGCGAGGAACUCGAUCCAUAUCCAAUGGAUUAUCAGUUGAAAGAAGCUGGUGUCAAGAUUGUGACAGUUGGCUAUGGAAAUGAGACACUUUUGGAGCGGCUGAGCAAUAUUUCAAGUCCUGAGUACGCUUUUGAUGGAUACGAUAAAGAUGUCACAGCGAAGGUUCAAGCGGCAUUGUUGAAAAUCAACUGCUUCUGUCCACCUACCUGGACCCAGUACACCUCCUCCUACGCCAACUCUUCCUCCUACCACUACGGACUCUGCAUCCAACUGAUGCCCACAUUAACUCCCUGGCGUACCGCCCAACUCAACUGCUCAUCAUAUGGAAACCAUUCCAACCUAGCUACAGAAUACAACAAGGCUAAACAUGAUUUCUUGCUGGAAGCUGUGAAAAACACUCCAGAAUUCUCACCUCCUUAUCAGUAUCAUAUCGGAUUGAACCUUGUCAAUGGAACAUGGACUUGGGAUCAACCUAGAAAUGGCAGUUUACCACUUUUAUCAUGGAGCAACUGGAUUCUAGGAUUUCAAGGGGAUGCCGAGGCGAGAGGGGUGAUAAAUAUCGAGAGCGAGAAUUUAGAGGAGGGAACUACUGGAUGGCUGAAUAUUAAUGAUAUGAAGAUUAAAGCGGGAUAUAUUUGUGAGAGUUAUGCAUGUGAUACGGAUAAUUAUUGUGAUGGUUAA